AUGGCGGCGGAGGCGGCGGCGGAGAUCGUGCGGGAGAUCGCGGCGGUGGGCGCCGCCGACCUGGCCGCCGCCGCCGAGCCGCUGCGCGCGGACUGCCUCCGCCUCGCGCGGAAGGUGUCCCUGCUGUCGCACCUCGUCGCCGAGGUAGCCGAGGCGGGGGAGGGCGACGCGGCGGCGGCGGCGUGGGUGCGCGAGCUGGUGAGGGCGCUCGAGGCCGCCAGGAGGUUCGUCGACCUCGGGCGAGCGCCGCCGACGCCGACAGCCGCGGCGGGGGCGUCAGAUCAGGAUGCCACCUGCAACAAUACUGAUCUCCAGUUCAAGUAUGUCACCUGGCAAUUGCAAGUUGCUCUAGCAAAUCUGCCACAUAGCUGUUUUCGGAUAUCGGAUGAAGUUCAAGAAGAGGUUGACUUAGUGCGAGCUCAGCUUAGAAGAGAAAUGGAAAAGAAGGGAGCCCUUGAUGUAAACGUGUUUACAAAAGUUCAUGAUAUCUUAACUCAAAUUGACAAUGCUGGAUCACAAUCUCAGCAACCCCAUCAACAACCAGAGCAAUCACAGAUGGAGAAAUUUAGUAAAGAUCACCUGGAGUUGCAAAACACUGUUUUACUAGUUUCAGAAAUAAGCGGGUUAUCCAAAUCUGACAUGACGAAAAUAACGUCCGAGCUGAUUGAAGGACUUGAAAAUGUUGGAACUCCUGAUUCUCCCAAACCUGCCAAUGUUGAUAGUCAAUCAAGUGAUGAAACGAAAAGCUCAUCUGAGGAAGUUAAGAAGCCUGACUCCGUAGCUAUUCCUGAGGAUUUCCGUUGCCCGAUAUCUCUCGAGCUGAUGAGAGAUCCGGUCAUUGUUUCCACAGGACAGACUUAUGAGCGUGCUUUCAUCCAGAGGUGGAUUGACUGUGGAAACCGGACCUGCCCUAAAACUCAACAGAAGCUCCAGAAUCUUACAUUAACCCCAAACUAUGUGCUAAGAAGUUUAAUAAUGCAGUGGUGUGAGGAAAAGGGGAUCGAACCACCUAGCAGAUCUAAAAGUGAUGGCUCUUCUCUUGAGGUUGGUGGGAACAGAUUAGCAAUUGAAGCAUUGGUUCGCAAUCUCUCUAGCAGCUCGUUAGAUGAACGGAAAUCUGCUGCCGCUGAGAUAAGAUCUUUGGCCAAGAAAAGUACAGACAACCGUAUAAUUCUAGCAGAGUCUAGUGCUAUCCCAGCUCUAGUGAAACUUCUGUCGUCAAAAGACCAGAAAACCCAAGAACAUGCCGUGACAGCUCUUCUAAAUCUCUCCAUAUAUGAUCAGAACAAGGAACUGAUAGUGGUUGCUGGUGCCAUUGUCCCAAUCAUACAAGUGCUUAGGACAAGUAGCAUGGAAGCAAGAGAAAAUGCAGCUGCAGCUAUUUUCAGCCUGUCACUAAUCGACGAUAACAAGAUAAUGAUAGGAAGCACCCCAGGGGCAAUUGAAGCAUUGGUUGAGUUGUUGCAGAGUGGUAGCUCAAGGGGUAAAAAGGAUGCAGCAACGGCACUCUUCAAUCUAUGCAUAUACCAAGCUAACAAGGUGAGGGCAGUUCGAGCAGGGAUCCUGGUGCCACUUAUGCGGAUGCUGCAGGAUUCAUCCAGAAGUGGGGCUAUUGAUGAAGCGCUGACCAUCCUGUCAGUUCUUGUGAGCCAUCAUGAGUGUAAAACUGCUAUAUCUAAGGCGCACGCCAUACCCUUUUUGAUAGAUUUGCUACGGUCGGGCCAGGCCCGCAACAAGGAGAAUGCUGCUGCUAUUUUACUUGCACUUUGCAAGAAAGAUGCUGAGAACCUGGCCUGUAUAGGGAGGCUUGGUGCUCAGAUACCACUAACUGAGCUGGCGAAGACCGGCACAGACCGAGCUAAGCGCAAGGCAACCUCACUCCUGGAGCAUCUCAGUAAGUUACAGGUGCUCUAGUUCCACUGCCCACCGCAUACCGUUUUGUGGGUGUGCGUGUGUUUUUUCAACUUUUUUCACGUGUAUGUAUACAUACAGGAAAAUUGUAACUUCAUCUGCCAUCGAGUGUGAAUUUAGUGGGUUGGUGAUUAGUUUGUUUCAGUCACAGUCAAACGCGUGUCAAUCGAUUCGCACCAUAAAUUGGUUGGUGCUGCUGAAUCUGAAAUGUUCUGUUGUUCAUCUGCA